GCAUGUCAGUGUCAGUGUCAUCGUUCAUCGUUGGUCAUCGUUGGUUAUCGUAACGGAUUGUAACGAUUGUAACACAGAACAAGUCUCACGAGAGUUUCCAAAUUGAUAAAUAAAGGUCGAAGAUAGUGUCAUGUGUCGUACAAUACGAUUUCUUUUGCUGCGUUAACUUGAUAUUAACGUUUUCAUCACAUCUACGACUCGUUAUUAAUUAAAAGUGCUGAAUUCCUCUGUGUAAAGGAAUUUAAUACAUACUGCUAUCGUUCGAGGUUAGAAACUGUGCAGUGAUAUACCUUAAGUCAACUGAAAUAUACAAACAAGUCUUUGUGUAUAAAAUACUUAUAUUUGAAAUGGCCGAAGAUUUUGGAAGAGAAACACCGCCCGCGUACUCAGCGAACGAGGAUACAAAAACUGCUGGACAACCUCUUUCAGAUUUUUUAUUACAACUUGAAGAUUACACGCCCACGGUGCCCGAUGCUAUAAGUGAACAUUAUUUACAUACAGCUGGUUUCAACGCAACUGAUCCAAGGAUGUGAGUAUUUUAUACACAAG